AUGAUGAGAAAAGGGAAUUCCUUGGAGGACUCUGUUUUUCAUUCUGAAAGGGAGAACAGCUUCCGAAAAUCAAGUAACGACACACCAGUCAGCCCUACAGAGAGUUUUGGAUCAGUAUUUAUAAGUUCAGAUGGAGAAAAUGGAACAGAUGAAAAAAGAAAGGCAGGAAAAUCGCCUACUGUGUUGCUGCAGACCCCUACCAGUGAAAUGGAAUAUUUUGAUGACCGGAAAAAAGUUGAUGUUGCUAGGACAAAGAGCAGCACAGAUAGUCCACUCCUGACAAUGGACAUCAAGAGUGAGUCCAAGAUUGAAAGGAAAAAACGUGCUUCAAAUCAGCUGAAGGCAAAUGCACACUUUCAUAAGCUGUUUCUAGAUGUUCCCAUUGAUGAGCCACUGAAACAAAGUUUUACCUGUGCUCUGCAGAAAGAAAUUCUGUACCAAGGAAAGUUAUUCCUUUCUGAAAACUGGAUUUGCUUCCAUUCCAAGGUUUUUGGUAAAGACACUAAGAUUAGUAUACCUGCACUCUCAGUGACACUUCUAAAGAAAACCAAAACUGCCCUUCUUGUGCCAAAUGCUCUGAUCAUAGCAACAGUCACAGAUAGGUACAUGUUUGUCUCCUUACUCUCCAGAGAUACCACCUACAAGCUAUUAAAAUCUAUCUGUAGACAUCUUGAGGAUACAAGCAUGGGCAACAGUCCAAAUCCCUCUUCUGCAGAAAACAGCUUCAGGGCUGAUCGUCCUUCAGCUCUGCCUUUAGACUUCAAUGAAGACUAUUCUGAUCUGGAUGGAAUAGUGCAGCAGCGGAGACAAGAGAUGGAAGAGUCCAGCAGCACAGGCUCACAGACCCCAGAGCUGGAAUGCUUCCAAGAUUAUCAUGUCGUUGAGACACAGACUCACUUGAAAGUUUCCAAGGCUGAGGCAAAGUCUGUCCGUUCAGAUGCACACAGUAAACGUGGACCUGAUGGAAAAGCCCGAAACAUUCCUCGAAAUGGCCAUUCUGAAGCCCUCAAGUUCUUCCACAAAGUGAAGUCCCAGAAGCUCCUAUCUCUGAACCAUAUACUUAUAUUUUACGCAUUUCUUGUUUGUGUAUUAAUAUUUUCUACCUUCUACAUGAGAUACAAAAUCAGUGUCCUGGAGGAACGCCUUAUUUCCAUCACAUCAUUUGAGUCACAUAUAAAGGAACAUCCAGUGCGCCAAGGUUUGGGAUCUCACCUGCAAGUUAAUGCCGAUGCGCUUUGUGAUGAGUUAACUGCUAAUCUUAUAAAACUGGAAAAGAUACAGAACAACUUACAAAAACUACUUGAAGAUGGUGACUGA